AUGGUCGACCUCCACAGCCUACCUGAGGGCUCCCAUCCCUCCAAAGCAGUCCGCAACAACGGCUCUAACGACCUCGCCAUAGAACGUUUCAAGCUCCGCGAGCUCGCAGAAGGAUGGCCUAUGUACCGCGACGCCUGCGAAUGGGAAAACCUCCUCUCCAUCUUCCACCCCGACGCCUACAUCUAUACGACCUGGACCGGCCGCACACACCACGCCGACUUCAUCGCGGCCUCAAAAGCCGGCAUGGACAAAGGUGCCUUCAUCAUGCACCGCUGCCACGGCGCCUCGACAGAUAUCAACAUGGAGGCCACACGCGCAGUGACGAAGAUGAAGGCGACCAUCACGCAGCGGUUCGUCAUUGAGGGCUGCGAGGUCGAUGCCGAGAGCGACUGCCGCUUUUGCUUUUUCUGGGAACGGUGGGAGGGCGAAUGGAGGGCAAGAUUUGUGCGGCACUGGUACGAGAAGGACAAGCUCAUCCCGAUAAAUCCGAAUAAGGUGCCCAAGCUUGACGAGGAGAAGCUUGCUGGUUACCCAACUGGCUACAGGUAUCUGGCGUACUGCCAGGAGGCGACCAUGGGUGUGAAGGUCAUGCUGGAUAUGCCCGGCCACCGGCGAGAAAAUGACAACGUGAAUGGGAAGAAGCACGACCUGCUAUACUGGCAAUGUAAGCAGUGGGUCGAGGGCGAAGAGGUGGAUAUAUAG